UUCAAGGCGCAAGAAGGAGGGAAGGUGCUCCGUGUUGGUCCUGGCCGGUAUUGAGCACGCGCACUGGGCAGCGAGCAGACCAAAAAGAAAAAAAGGAAAACUACGAACGAGAGGCGCGCGCGCGCGCACACACAUAAACACGCACAAGCUCUUAAAGGAGCGCGAGGCGAAUCGUCCUACUGCAGCUGCAGAGCAGAAGGAGCCCUCCCAAGAGGCAGAAAUACCUUUGCAAUGCAUCAAGCUUCUGGUAGUAGGAGCCACCUUGACCCCUGCUGAUCAACAGAGAUGGGACAGCUUCCUAUGCAAGAUCUUGUACCCAUGUAAUUUCCAGUUAUAGAUCAGAGUUGUGAAUAUACUUGAAAACCCUACAAUCCAAGAAAAAGGAAAUAAUAUUGAGAGAAGCUUUUUUUAAAAAAUGGAAAACUUUUGAAUUCUCCUGAGAAUUCUACAGAUUGACGAUAAGUUAGAAAUACAAUAAAAAAUGAAUGUUGAAAACACAGAGGAAAAGGGCUUGCAGCCUCCUUUAAUCAUCAGGGAUGAAAAUGGCAAUAAAUAUGUGUACAACACCAUUGCAUCAACCUCUCUGAAGGGAAGCACUCUUAGCCAGUGCCAUUACCAAGAGGUGGAACAUAAAGACUACAUAAAACUUAAGAAUACAAGUAAGACAAACACUUCUUCAAAUCCUCAAAGCACUGAAGUACAAGGUCUGCAGAAGGCUGCCAGUGAUUAUAUCUGCAUGGGGACUUCAGAUUUGGAGACUAUGCAUGUCCCUCCUGCAAAAGAACAGUUUUACAUGCACGCCUUGAACCAGAAUUUCCCAGAAUCAGAGAACCUUCUCAAAGAGAGUCUUGCAAUAAAGAGAAUCCAAAAUUGCAGUGCAGAGGAAUCUGUGCCCUAUUGCCAGGCAGACCUAAUGCAUUCAGUGCCCCUUGCUGCUGUGGAACUAAAUACAACUACUGAAAUCCAAGACGAAUUACAUUGUCUCCAAAUGGAACAAGAAGAUGCUAGUUCAAAUGACUCCUUCAUUACAAUUAUAAACCUGGGGGAUACUAUAGGAAAUAAGUGCCAUGAGGUGGGAUGUGUCCUUCAGGAAUCUGCAUGUUCUGGGGAAAUUUGUAAAACUGUUGAUCGCACACACCAUGUUGAUUCCUCCAAGCUAGAUGCCUUCAGCAACACAAAUAUGAUAAACAUCAUGCACCUAGAAAGGGGAGUGUUACCUACUGCUCUUUCACUGGCAGGAGAUGAGGUCACCAAUUAUAUUGAUUUAGUAUCACAGAAUAGUGUACAGCAUGAACAACAAGGAAAGCAGGAUGCUGAAUGUCGUGAUCCUUACUGUAGGGGCUCGCCAGAACUGGAACCAUUUAAUGUGUGCAGAGAUGAGCAUAAGAAAUAUAUGCAUAGUACACCUGAGCAUGAUGAAAACAAAUGUGCAGCUGAACUUGGAGUAGAUGGCACUAUCAAUGGAUUGUGCCCUCUAGCAAUUCAGAGUUUUGAUGAGCAUUCAGAACAGGAGUUUCACAAAGAUGGAGAGAUCUUUACCAAAGCACAAACUAUCUCUAAAGAAGAUCAGGUUGAUGGACAUCCUCAAGAAGAUGGACAUGAUGAUAAAGUGUCUACAACAAUACAUAAUGAUAUACCAAAGCUAGAAAAGGCUGCUCUGGCUGAGCCUAACUGCCAUGCAACUUUUGUGGUUUUUAGUCCCUCAGCUGAUGAACACAACUUGACUUCUCCUCCUCCUCCUCCUACAGUGGAGUCAAAAAAUGCAACCUUUGCUGUGUUUGCCACACCAGAUGAAGUUGGUGAUGGAAUUUCUAAAGGUGCAAAAAAUGGCCAUGUGGUAAAAGAGCACUCCAGGAGGAUGUCACUCAAAAGUAAUUCUGAACACGUUGCAGUUAAAUCACCAAACAGAUCUCCAUUUGCAGCUACCAUAACCAAAGCUAGGAAAGCAGAGAUAGUGAGCUUUCCAAAACCAAACUUUAAAAAUAUCAAGCCAAAAGUUAUGUCCAGGCCUGUGUCACAGUCAAGAGAGAGUGGUGCAUUAAAAGCAGCUCAAGGAUCUCCUCAGUUAUCUACAACUUCCUCAUCCUCCCCAUCUUCUUCCCCAAGGCAACCAUCCUCUUCAGUUGGAGCACUGAGGAAAAAAUUCAACUUGGAUAAACGUACAAAAUCAGAAACUCCAAUGAAUAAGACUCAUAAGCAACAUUUUAAUAAACAUGUUCCUAGCCAAGCUGUGCAUGCUGCAACUCAUUCUGAAAACGCUUCCCACAAGGUUUCGAAAACAAUCACGUUGAAGCAGAGUGUGGAACGGAUCAUCAAAGCAAGGUGUUCUAGCUCUUCAUGCUCCUCUGUGGCAGUAACAUGCUCUGACAUCUCAGGUGGGACUUUGAGUGACAAAAUGGAAAGUGCAGAGUCCUGGGUACAGCCUUGUGCUUUGAAUAUCUGUCAGAUACCUCAAGAGGAGGACCAACAGCAGCAGCAGAAUGAUUGUCCUAGAAUUCCAGCAGAAAAGUCUGCCACAAAUGCUGCAAAUGAAGUUUUUCCGGUUUUUUUGCCUAAAGCAGAGACAGCACAAGGGCAAAGCUUACCCAAGGACAACCCUGUUGCCCUAAGGAAUAUGCCAGCAUCCAAGAUUGCAUUCCGCUCCAGGAGAGGAAGUGAGAGUAAAAAUGGUCAUGCAGCCAAACUUUUAUCUCCUCCAAGAACAGUUGUAUCAUCAAAUGCUGGAAUAGAAACUUUUUCUCCUAAAAUGAGGCUUACUUCUGUGAAGGCCUUGCCAGGAUCUUGGACCACUUCUGGUAAAUUGAUUCCUAAAUCAAAAGUGCCCUUGAAAGGACCAGGAGUACGGAAAACUAGCAUUUCUUCAGUCAGCAGCACUCAGAGUGACCAAAGCACUUGCAGCAAUAAUUCUACAAGUGCCACAAUUAUCAUCAAGAAUGGGGAAUGGCCUUCAAAAUCUACUUGUCAAAAUGGUGCAGCUGAAUCCAUCACUCCAAAGCCUGUGCCCAGGCCGAGAGUGCUUUCCGUGAAAAACACCCCAAAAGGGGUAAAAAACAAGUUAGGCUCAGUGAGCCAAUGUGUGUCAAAAUCAUCUGGGUCACUUCUUCCAGGAAGGAAAACCAGAGAUCCAAGAGGGAAUCAGCAGUUGGGGCCUUCAGGACAAAAUGUACCUCGAAGUUUAUUGUCCACAUUCAGUUCUGUUGACAGGGGUAAGCAGAAGAGUCCUAAGAACUCAUUCAUACAAACACGGAGUUCAUCUAUUGAAGUGCAUUCACCAGAAACAAAACCACAUGAGUUAACACAAUACAAAAACAAAUGUGAAAGCCAAAGUGGACUUAUCCAGCGAUUGAAGAAAUACUUGGGCAUCAGUAAUCAGAAAUUUGAAGCAUUAGCUAUUGUGAUACAACACUUGGAGUCUGAGAGGGAGGAAGUGAUAAAGCAGCGUGAAGAGUUGUCCCUAGAACUUAUCAGUCUUCGUGGAGAGUUGGUAACAGCUUCUGCAGCCUGUGAGAAAUUAGAGAAAGGUAGACAUGAACUGCAAGCAGCUUACGAAGGAUUUGUGCAUCAGCUGAACCAGCAACACCAAAGAGAUUUAUCUGAACUGGAAGAAAGGCUGAAACAGUUCUACACAACAGAAUGCAAAAAACUACAGAAGAUCUGCCUUGAAGAAGCUGAGAAAUAUAAAGCACAGCUCCAAGAGCAGGUUGACAACUUGAAUAUUACACAUGAAAACUUUAAGCUAGAGCUUGAAACCAGUCACACAGAAAAGAUAAAUGAGCUGAAGAAGGAACAUGAAUCAUCCUUUUCUGAACUCGAGAAUACCCAGGAAUUGGAAAGAAAGACACUUGAAGAAUCUUUCCAAGAGAAACAAGAACUACUAGAGAAAAAAAUUAAUGAAUUACAGAGUGAAAAUGAUUCCUUGAAUGAAAAGCUCAAGUUGGAAGAGCAAAAACGUAUUGCCAAAGAAAAAGCAAAUCUGAAAAACCCUCAGCUUAUGUAUCUGGAACAAGAACUGGAAAGUUUGAAAGCAGUGUUGGAGAUAAAAAAUGAGAAACUACAUCAACAAGAUAUCAAAUUGUUAAAGAUGGAAAAACUGGUGGAGAACAACACAGCCUUAAUGGAGAAAAUGAGAAAAUUUCAGCAGGAGAAUGAAGAAUUAAAAGCUCGGAUGGACAAACACAUGGAGCUUUCCAGGCAACUUUCUACCGAGCAGGCAGUUUUACAAGAAUCUCUGGAGAAGGAAUCCAAGGUAAACAAACGCUUGUCAAUGGAAAAUGAAGAACUUCUGUGGAAGCUGCAUAACGGAGACCUGUGCAGCCCAAAAAAACUGUCCCCCAGUACUCCACCAAUGCCUUUUCAGUCACCAAGGAAUUCCAGUUCCUUCUCCAGCCCAACAGUUUCACCUAGAUGACACCACUGUGAAGAGACACUCUCCAUACAGGCAUUUCAUUCAUGGUCUGCAGAACCAAAAACAUGGAUUGAGGGAGCAAAGAGCUAUAUUAGCUGAAUAUGACUGAAAUAUAACUGGAAAUGACUGUCAUGAGAAAUGGCUAUAACAUCCUGAAAGUUCAGGAGUAGGACUCAAAACAGUGCUCCUCCUUAUUAAAGAAUGCAAAAGACUUCAGUGAUAACUUUUCUGAACGUUGUUGCACAAAGCACUUAAAAGAGCAAGAAAAGUCUUGUUCAGUUUUGCCUUUUUCACCUAACGGAGAAAAAAAAAUGCUCAGGGGCUUAAAUGUAAAAGAUCACAACCAUUAAUACGUUCCUUAUUAUAGACACCUCGUUGAGACUUCAGGUGUGGCAUGAGUGAAUUGGAUGUAGCACACAGUGUGUGUGUCUUAUGCUGCCACCUUUGCCAUGUAUAUUAUAAAGGACGAAAGCUGAAGAAUAUAAUGACAUGUAUUUCAUGAAUAAAAUAUUGCCAUUAUGCAUGUUUUAUCAAAGAUUUUCCCUUCACUGGGACCGAAAAGCUGCCACUUGUGCUCUAUGUCCUUCCUUAUCUCUCUGCUUCAGUUUAGUAAAAGGAUUUGAUUUUGUCAUUGUCUGUCUGCUUCAUAGUGGAAUUUACAAUGAGAAUGAGAAUGCCUCAUACCAUAAUAUAUCCAAAAUAUUUUUAAGCUUCCCUACAUACACAAAAACUAUAUAAGAAUUAGGUGUCUUUUCCCACCUAGGAAAUGUACUUUUUUUUUUUAGAAAUAUGGUGGUAGGUACUCCAGACUUGCAGCCCCUUCCAGGGUGAUGACAGCUGCAAAAACAAAGGGCUGAUUUGACCUAAGAUCACAGGAUUUCACAGCAAAGAAAAAAAAAUACUUGGAUGCUAUUAUUCUGAUAGUAAGGGCAAGAGAUUGGCUGUGUUCAUAAGACAUGCUAAGCCAAACCUUAGCAAGAGUGUGGGCUCCUAGAGAGGAGCUCACAGUCACUUUGCCCCUGCCCAGUACUUUUUGCUCCCACACUAAACUAAGGUUUGGCUUAGUGUUGACCAAACAUGGACUUGUGGUUAUGCUCUCUCCUCGCUAACCAUGAGUUCAUUUCAGAUGACAUGCUGUUUAGCACAGCAGCAAAAAGGACUAGGGAAAAGCAAAGUGACUGCAGACUCCUAUUUGGGAGCCUGCACAUUCAUACAAUCUCACUAAGCCAAAGUUUGGUUUAGCAUAUUGUGUGCAUGCAGCCAUUGUGUAAAGCUGCCAAUACUGCAUUAUGAAGAACAUCCUGAAUUGAUAACUUAUCAAUGUGCACUUUAACCAAUAGGCUGCCGGUCUCUGCGUCCUCCAUUUCAUUUAGCAAGACUUUCUUGUACUUCCAAGAAUCAGAAAAUCAAAAUCUGGUUGUUUUGCUAAAGUGAUAGGUUGAAGAUGUUCAUGUCAUAUGUAACAUUUAAUACAGCGUUACAAAUUGGAUGGUAACACAAUGUAUGUCUGCUCCUGUUAACGACUUGUUCAGCACAUAUUCUUAUAAGUACAAAUGCAUUCAUUGUUAUGGUUAAAUAUUGUCUCUGCUUUCAGAUCUAGAUGGGACUGGUAAGUGCUAUGGUUUUAGUAUGUAGUCAUCAUUAACACAUCCAAGAAUGCGCUGGUACUUCCUUUGCUGUUGAAUAGUCAACUUGUUAAGCAAAGGCUAAUGAAAUCAUAGAGUUGCAUCCAGCACUGCUGUUGUGCAAGUGGGACAGACAUCCUUUUGUAAGACAGGACUUUCCCAUCUCCUCCUCUCCACUCCUGCCCCCUGCACACCCUCAACCUGUUCCAAAGGUUUGGAGGCACUCUGGAGCAGAUUUGGGUGGGUGCAGGCUCAGGUGACUACAGGAAAGAGGAAAGAAAGGGGAAGCCCUGAUGCACAAGUGGAAGUCUGUCCCGCUUGCGCAAUGGCAGCGUUGGAUACAACCGAUCACAUGUUGCAGCAAAGAUUUUGAGGACUAGAUCUUGAGAGAUCCUUUCCCCUUACUGAAAACUGAAGAAGAGGGAGUAUUGGAAAAAUCUUUAAUAAACUUGGAAAACAAAAUGUCAAACCAAAUGUUUUGUUUAGGAUGCAAAAAUGUCGUCUGUAACGGAGGAAGGUUUUAGUUAUUCUGUAAUUAUUGAAGUAUUACUCUGUAAUAUGAAAAAAUCAAGGGUUAAAUAUUUUAAUUUUACAUUGUGUAAAGCGUGCCUCCCCUGUUAUUUGCCCAUACCCAUUUAUGGCACUAUAUGUAGCUAGAGAUAACAGCACUUCUAAAUAAACUGUUGUUCAGAGAUUGAUUUAUAUAACUAUGAAAAUCCGCUAUAGGCUGAAAACUUGGCUUAAAAGUAUGUCUUGGAGCAAUUUAUUUCUUUGGCAAGGUCAUAUUUGAUUAUAUGUACUUGAGUGUUGAAAAUUAAAAUAAUUUUUUUUUU